CCAUUCGUCUUAUAACGUUGAAGGUUUUGCUUUUUUUUAAUUUCCAAAUUAAUUUCAGUAUAAGAUAAGAGAACCCAGUUUAUUGUAAUUAUGAUGAAUUAUUCAUUUGUGACCAGCACUAUAAAAAGAGAGUUGGAGAAUUCUGAUGCAUUAGAUAGUGCAAGUGAACGAAAGCGUAAAAGAAAAAGUCGCUGGAACACAGAUGAUGAUGAUAAAACAAGCAUACCCGGGAUGCCUGCUGCAUUACCAUGUAACUUAUCAACAGAACAACAAAGACAAUAUAUAGUGCACCUACAGAUUGAAGAAAUAUCACGUAAGCUACGUACAGGAGAUUUGGGAAUACCGCCGAAUCCAGAAGCCAGAUCUCCAUCACCAGAGCCAAUCUAUAAUAAUGAAGGAAAGCGGUUGAAUACACGAGAAUAUCGUACACGGAAAAAAUUGGAAGAAGAAAGACAUCGUUUAGUUACAGAAGCGGUAGAUUUAAAUAAAGAAUAUAAACCUCCGGCAGACUAUAAGCCUCUUAUAGUUCGUGUGAAUGAUAAGGUUAUGAUACCCCAAGAUGAACAUCCAGAUAUCAACUUUGUUGGUCUUCUCAUUGGACCACGUGGAAAUACACUUAAGUGUCUAGAAAAGGAGACAGGUGCUAAAAUUAUUAUUCGGGGUAAGGGUUCAGUUAAAGAAGGCAAGAUUGGUCGCAAAGAUGGUCAGCCUCUUCCUGGUGAAGAUGAGCCACUACAUGCAUAUGUCACUGCUAAUAAUCCAGAAAAUGUUAAAAAAGCAGUGGAAAAGAUAAAGACUAUAAUUAAACAAGGUAUUGAUGUACCAGAAGGUCAAAAUGAUCUGAGACGUCAACAAUUACGAGAAUUAGCUUUACUUAAUGGUACUUUACGAGAAAAUGACGGUUUAGCGAAAUUAAAACAACUUCAAGCAGCCCAGAAUAUUAUAACGAACACUAUACUAUGUAGUCUGUGUGGAGGAACUGGUCAUAUAGCACAAGAUUGUAAACAAAAACGACCGGGAGAUACAUUUAGAGGUAUGACGCAGUUACCUGUAACAUCACUAGCUGAUAAAGCUAAAAUGGAUAGCGAGUAUAUGUCACUAAUGGCUGAAUUAGGGGAAGGCCCUCCACCUAAAACAACACAAUCUACGCAAAUGAGAACAUCGAUACAACAGAACUUUAGAACUCCAUUCCAAGCCCCACCUCCUAAUCCUAUGGCUAUGAACCCACCAUGGCAACAGCAGCAGCAACAGCAGCAACAACAACAGCAACAGAUGCCCCCACCCCAGAAUAAUCAACAAAUGAGACAACCAAUAUCAAUGGCUCCAACACGAUUUACGGGUACACCACAGCCCUUGAUGAACGCACAGAUUAACCAAUCACAGAUUCAGUUAAAUAGACCUCCUAAUAUGACUCCCCCUAUUCCCCCACCUCCUAUGGGACAGAAUAACCAGCCACCAUUACCACCAUGGCAACAACAACAGCCCCAGAUGGGAAUGCAAAAUGUACCAACAUCUCAGAUGAUAGGAGUUCCACCACCCCCACCCCCAACAAUGAUAACAGCCCCACCCCCUCCACCACCUUCAACUCAAGCCCAGAAUUCAAUGGCAAACAUGCCAUGGCUUCAGAAUCAAGUGUCUGGAGUUCCACCACCACCGCCAACCACCAACACAAGUAGAUGGGGAGCUCAGAUGCCAGCAGCACCCCCUCCUCCACCCCCAUCAGCUUUACCUCCAUGGCAACAAAAUGCAGUGCAAAAUACAAUGAAUGCCCCACCCCCACCUCCAACUACUAGUCAACAGAUGACUUAUAGCCCAGUGCCCCCUCCACCCCCACCAAACAGUUUUAACACUAUGGCAGGAAUGAACCCUAUGAUGGUAGCCCCACCCCCUCCACCUCCACCACCAAGUUAAAACACAAUUUUUACAUUUUAAUAUAUUAAAGAUGCAAUAUGUAAGAUUUAGAUAAAGAGCUGACCAUUCAUGCUAUAAUAGUUCCAAAAUAGCUCAUUUCAUUCAAAUAACUUUAUUCUGAGUGACGUUAUCACUGUUUGACAAGAUGUGGCAUAGAUUUUUUAUUAGCAUUGUAACGUUGGUUAAUCGUGACUCAGCCUCACUUCUCCGUUCUUAAAUUAAAUCAUUAAAUGGUGAUCGUAUUUCAAUCCAUUUACAUCUCGGCCAUCCGAUGAUAUGGAGAGUUGAUUAUGGGCUUGUCAUGUGAAUAAAUGUCUAAAUAAUAAUUUAUAUAACAUUUAAAGCCAAACUCUUACAUAAGGCAUCUUUAAGGAAAAUUAUAAACCAUUUCAUGUAAAUUGAUAAAAUGUAUAAAAUUUAAUUUUGUGUGAUAUUGAAUAAGAUUUUGUUUGAUCUUUGAAAGUUUGUGAAUGAUAAAAAAUUGUAUUUCAUGGGCAGUAAUAUUGCAAAAUAGUAAUCUUUGAGAGGCAUUGAGUAACUAAUAAACUAUAACACAUACUUAACGUUAACAAGCUUGAUACAGUUUAUUGCAAAAUAAAAUUGUUCAUUAAAUUAUGAUUCAUUCAUAUCUUAAUAUACAUCUCUAUAUUAUUCCAAUCUACAUUUUGAAAAUAUUAUACAUUGACUAAAGAUCUCAUAUACAUGUUAAUGUUAUACAUUUUUUUAUACUCUUCUCCAUAUUAGUAUAUUUACAGUUGUGUAGCCAGAGUUAUGUGCCCAUAAAGCCUCAGAAAAGAAAGUGAGAUAUUGAGUUAGCGACUUCUAGAUUGUAGCAUUAUAUUGUUUGAAUUGUUGGCUAAUUUCUAUUUUAAAAUAUGCAUUUAUUCAACAUGUUUUUUUUAAAUCUAGUUAAGCUAAACAUAUAUCACCAUUACCAAUUGAUGGCCAAUAUUUUGGGUUAAUUUUAGUGGUGGGACUCUGUUCUGUAUUUUUGUACAUAGUUUGUAGGUUCAAAUGAAGGACAUUUACUUAUAUAACAGUGUGUAAAAUACCCUCAUGUGUGUGUUUUAGAUCAUAAGGUCUGUCACUGGGUCAGGUGGUGUUCUUUUGAUAUUCUGAUAAGGAGUAGUAUCAUCUGUCCAACCUUGUAUAUGUUGAGUAUCUGUCCGAGAGUAUAAGAUAGCCAAGUCGGGCUAAAAUAACAUUAUAUUUAUAUAUGCUUUUUUGGUUUAUAUCAUUGUAUAUAUUCAUAUUCCAUAUUAAAUAUACAUCAUUAAAUAUGAAUUAGUAGCGGACAAAGCCUUUCACACAAACUAAUAGUAAAUCUGAAAUAGUGCACAAAGUGACAAUAAUUAACUCGGCUGUAAAGACCAGUUUUAGGCAGUUAUACAUGUGUGCUUGCCAAAAGGAGAACUCCCCUUUGAUUUGCUACUAACAUAUAUUUAUGUAUAUGCCUACUGUUAUUCAAUCAUUUACAUUUCAUGAAAUAAAUGUUGUAUUUUAAUUCUUUGUAUAUACAAUAUUUCAUUCUUAUCACGGUAAUGGUUAUUCUCUAGAUUCAGACAUUUUAAUUGUAAAUUCAACAUUAAGUGCUAUAGAUAAAUGUAAAAUCUGAAUCGAGUUUAGAAAAUAAAACUCUUACACGUAUGU